AUGUUCCCAUUUCUCUAUGAGCUUAUUGAAAUCUCUUCUUCCUACUUUCUCCAAAGGACAGCCUUUUCUGCCUCGGGGAGGAAUAGAAAUAUAGACCACAAUGAUGGAGACCUCCCAGAUGUGCACAAGAAGCUGCCCUCCAGGGCUGGAGAGGACCGAGCUAUGCUGCUAGGGUUUGCAAUGAUGGGCUUCUCCGUCCUCAUGUUCUUCUUGCUUGGGAUCACCAUCCUAAAGCCUUUCUUGCUCAGCACUCAGAGAGAAGAAUCAAACUGCACUAUCAUCCACACUGAUAUCAUGGAUGACUGGAUGGACUGUGCUUGCACCUGUGGUGUGGACUACCGAGGCCAGGGCAAGUACCCAUGUCUUCAGGUGUUUGUGAACCUCACGCAUUCAAGUCAGAAAGCUCUCCUACAUUAUAAUGAAGAAGCUGUCCAGAUAAACUCCAAGUGCUUUUACAUACCCAAGUACCACCGAGACAGGAAUGAUUUGCUCAACAGUGCUCUGGACAUAAAGGAAUUCUUCGAUCACAAAAAUGGGACCCCCUUUUCAUGUUUCUACAGUCCAGAGAGCCAGUCUGAAGAUGUCAUUCUCAUAAAAAAGUACGACCAAAUGGUUAUCUUCCACUGUCUAUUCUGGCCAACUCUGACUCUGGUAGGUGGUGCCCUGAUUGUUGGCAUGGUGAAAUUAACACAGUACCUGUCUCUACUGUGUGACAAAUAUAGCACUACACACAGAGAUGAGGUAGGUGGCAAAGUACCUUAUAUGGAACAGGAUCGAUUCAAAUUGUGGAGUGUGGGGAGGAGCCAAGAAAGGGGCAGAGAAAUCUUAUGAUGGUGGCCAGAUUAAUCGAGCAUUUUUGGCCUUUGGAUGCUUGGCAAUUUUUGCACCUGAGGACCUAAUGAUGCCUGCUUACAGACUAACCAUGUAGAGGCAAUUCAAAUUAAGUAUGAUGUUUCACAUGGGAAACAUUUUUAAAAAACCUCAUUACGUAUUCCAUCUAUUCUAUAAAUACACACAAAUUUUCCUCUACCCCACAUUUCUUUCCAUGCGAGCCAAGGCAGCACUUUUGUUCCCUCAUGGCAGCAUGGGCUCCAGGUAGCUGUGCUUGAUCUAAUUUCGGCUCUCAUGGAACCCGUAGGUGUGGAGUACAUGAUGAGGGCAUCUACCUACUGACCACUGAACAACCAGCCUCGCUGUCGGGAACAGAGUUCACAUCAAAAUAUUUCUCAAAACAAUCUUAGUGAAGAGCAAGUCAUUCACUGUUGGGAAGAGAAUAAUCUGGUAAUUUCAAAAAAAUGUCGGCCUACCAUUCUACCUC